GCUGUAGUCCGGGAAACUGUAUCAACUAAAAUGGCGGACUCAGAGGACGAGUUAGCCAAAACAGACGAUGAAAAUCCAUCACCAGAUGCAGAAAAUUACAAGAAUACAGAAAAUACUGCCCAGACACCACAGUCGCCUAAAAAGGUGCCCCCUCGAGGGAAGUCCAAUAGACCAGCAGUUCAGGUAAAUUUGUCAAAAGUAAAGAGAAGGCCGUCUCCCCCCAAGCCAAGCCUCCCCACACCCCUCACAGAAUACGGGUUGGAUGAAAGAAAACAGGCGCGAGCUAAGGCUCGAGCUGAGAGAGAACAAAAAGAAAAGAAAAGGAAGAGAUCAACCACAUUUUACAGUGAUGAGGAGAAGGAUAGAGAGAAGGAGAAACUGAAGGAUGAGAAGUACAUGCAGGUGUUGGAGGACCUGAAGAAGCUGAGAAACUACUACUACCAUGAAUACCGGGACAAGCUGGACACCAAGGUCACCCAGCAGCGGAAAGACAUCCGGCUGAAGAACGAGGCUCAGCAGAGGAAACAACAGUUGCAGGAGGACAAGGAGCGAGAAGCAACUCAUCGAGUGAGGAAACGCCACGACCAUCACAAACUCCAACAUGACGACAGUUACAUGAAGAAUGUUCCCAAGUCAGACGUCUAUCUGAUCCUGGGCCUGCAGGAGAAGCUGCUGAAGGAGGGGAAGCUGCGGGGUCAGGACGACCUGGACAGGUUCUGGAUGGAGAUGAGGAAGCCCCAGGUCUUCUUCUCACACUUCCCAGACGGCCUGGCCGCCACCUCCAGCAUCCACCAGAGCAUUGUGACGUCCGCCAUGCAGUCCCCAGUGAGGGAACACACUCACUCUCUCAGUCAGAUUGCCGAGUCGAAGGAAUCUUCGCGACCCACCACUCACGACACCUGGGCCGUCACACAGAGAUAUAGCCACAUCCACCAGGCCGUAGAGUCUCCAUCACACAGGGGAUUAAACCUCAGCCCAUCCAGACAAGCAGCCGUAGACCUGGAGAAGAGGUUCCCUAAGCUGGAGAUGCCGCCACUCCACUGCUUCAACAUGGACCUGGGACAGAAGCCGCCAGACCCCGAAGAGAUACAGUUGAAGAUGGACUUAAGGCUGAAGGAGAAGCAGAGGCGCAAGUUCUUGAAGAAAUUACAUAAGAUGCACCAGCUAGCCAUGGCCAACAGUGCAGCAGCCACCAGUUCAUUAAGGAAUCUCAGGAUCUUAGACAGGCACACAGACCUUGCUUUCUUGAUGGAUGGACCAGAUUUGACAGAUCUAAUAUCCGAUUAUUACUUGGAGACUCAUGAAUAUGCCCCACCCCUCCCCCAAGCCAGCAGGCGCCUCCCACCUAUAUCUGGUAGUGAGGCUGAGAGGGAGUUGGCGAGUGAGAUGACCCCGACCAUGGUGGCCAGGAUGGCCAUGCCAGAACACGAGCUCAGCACAGACAGCAGAGGGAGUUCAGGGUCAACAAAAUCCAGACAAGAGAAGAAAGUGGAACAGCAACUGGUUUUGUACGAACCGUCCAAACCUCUCCCACUCACGAUGGAAGAAGUCCGUGAUAAAGGCAGGGUUGUUGAGGCGAAGGCUCUGAGUUCCUUCUGGCCAAACUACAUGCAUGCGGGCAGGAAAGUGUUCCUCACCUCAUCCUCAUGAGGCAGGGGCUAAUGACAGGGAGAAAUGUGUCAAACAAUUCAUGGAGUCUCCACCAAGAUACCCUUGCAGGCGUUUUAGUACUGGAUCAACACUGUUUGAACAAUCAGUCACUCAAGUCAUCUAGUGUGUGCAGGAUGUCUGAUCUAAUCAAAGGAUUGCUAGUCCUGCCAGCAUUUCUGUUCUUCUAGGUGCAAGUCUGUUUGAAGAUGGUAGGCAUUUUGAGUCAGUUAUGACAAGUGCAUAUUACGUCGUUCACAUCUGUUUGGUGAUUAUGUUCUUAUCUAUAGACUUUAGAAAUCGCAAGCCAAUUUACACUAUAACAAAGUCAUUCGAAUAAGCAUUAUAAAACAAAAUAAGGUUACAUGUUUGUUCCCAAUAGUGUUGGAAUAGUCUGUGAACAUGAAAAUACCUGUAUUAGAAAUGUUUUGGUAGAAUUGUAUGCACCAGCUGUGAAGUUUUAUUGGGCCAGUUAAGAUUAUGAACCAAUUUGUUGAUCUGUGAUACAUGAUAUUUAUGUCAAUUCAUAUUAGCUCAGAGUUUACGUGUUGAUAUUUCACUUUUUUUUACAUAAUUGUUAUAUACUUUUAAUGUAUAUAAAUGUAUAAACAGAAGAGAUUGUCUUUAA